AGGAGUCGGGAGUCGGCGGGCGGCGGAGGCGGAUUUCCUGGGCAGGCUCUGCGGGGCUGCUGCCAUGGCGUUUGGGAAGAGUCACCGCGAUCCCUACGCCACCUCGGUGGGGCACCUCGUAGAGAAGGCCACGUUCGCUGGAGUUCAGACUGAAGACUGGGGCCAGUUCAUGCACAUCUGCGACAUAAUUAACACCACCCAGGACGGGCCCAAAGAUGCGGUAAAAGCUUUGAAGAAAAGGAUUUCCAAAAACUACAAUCAUAAAGAAAUCCAACUUUCUUUGUCACUGAUUGAUAUGUGCAUGCAGAACUGUGGCCCGACCUUCCAGUCUCUCAUUGUGAAGAAGGAAUUCAUUAAAGAUAGUCUAGUUAAACUGUUGAAUCCCAGAUAUACCUUGCCACUAGACAUUCAGAACAGAAUCUUGAAUUUCAUUAAGACUUGGUCACAGGGCUUCCCAGGAGGUGUGGAUGUAAGUGAGGUGAAAGAAGUGUACCUCGACCUGCUGAAGAAAGGGGUUCAGUUUCCAUCUUCAGAGGCAGAGAGCACAAAGCAAGAGACUGCUCCGAUCGCAUCGAAUCCACCAUCGGUCCCUACUGCACCAGCUCUUUCUUCCAUAGUCACACCCAAGAACCCAACUAUUUCAUUAGUCCCAGAACAGAUUGGGAAGUUGCAUAGUGAAUUGGAUAUGGUGAAAAUGAAUGUGAAAGUGAUGACUGCCAUAUUGAUGGAGAACACUCCUGGGUCUACAAACCAGGAAGACCUGGAGCUUUUGCAGAAACUUUACAAGACAGGCCGGGAGAUGCAGGAGAGGAUCAUGGACCUGCUGGUGGUGGUGGAGAAUGAAGAUGUAACUAUUGAGCUAAUUCAAGUGAAUGAGGAUCUGAAUAAUGCCAUUCUUGGCUAUGAGAGGUUCACUCGAAACCAACAAAGGCUUUUGGAGCAAAAUAAGAACCAGAAGGAAGCCACCAAUUCUGCCAGUGAGCCUUCCGCGCCCUCCUGUGACCUCCUGGACUUGAGUCCCAGCGCUCCCGUGCCAGUGUCCAGUCAGGGAGUGUCCAGUCAGGGAGAACUCAGCAACAUGAGUGCUCAGCUUUCAGACUUAAGUUUCAGCUCUCCAAGUCCUGUCGUAACAAACAACUUGAAUCCCAGUCUUUAUCCACAUUUGGAUUUGCUAGCCUCGGAAAACAAAGAAAUACCCCUGUUUGCCCAAAGGACCAGCCAAAAUCUUGCCUCAGGUCACACAUAUGAUCAUCUUGCCGAACCCUCACAUUCAGUGUUACUGCAGCCAGUCAGCCUGCAGGCCAUCUCAGCAGCACCAUCCGGCCAGAGGCUGCCACGCUUGCCCAGCAAUCACCCAGCGACGACAAAGAAUGAUCUCCAGCCACCCAAUUACUACGAGGUAAUGGAGUUUGAUCCCUUAGCUCCGGCUGUCACUACAGAAGCUAUUUAUGAAGAAAUUGAUGUACACCACCACAAAGGAGCUGCCCAACGUCACAGUGACUGACGAGGUGACAGUGGGUGAGCAGCUCACUAGCCCCAGAGGUACCAGCUCUCUAAGAGUACUCCCUCUCCAGUGUGGAUGCCGGAUAGACAAGACGUACCAGCACGACAAGGCCACAGUGGACCAUCUCUGCUCUGCCACAGUGAAGUCUCAGUAGAGGAUACUUCCUGGCUAACGUGGGGUUUCUGAUAAUGCUUCAGGAUUUCAAGAGAACCUGGCUAUCACAAGCACUUAAAAUUGUGGCAGAAGAGAAACUGCUUAGUACUUAGCCAAGUACUUUAAAUAUAGUAUAUUAUGUUGACCAGGCCUUCCUACAAAUAGAAAAGAUCACCACAGAAUAGACAGACAUGCAAGAAACUGUAUUAACUGAGUGCCUUCAUUUAACUGAAACUGAAUCAGAAUGUAAAAGAGACAAUUUGCACUUUUUAUAUAUACAAUAGUUUGGCUUAGAAUUGUUUUAAAGACCCGAUGAUUGUAGCUUUAAUUCUAUUUCAAGUGCCUGAGCAAGUCACUCUAGACUGCAUCAAGUGGCCCUUAAGUAUGAUUCUUUAUAAUGCUACAAGGUCUCUUUUACUACAAUUUUCAUUUCUAUUUGAAACAAAGACUUCUAGAAAACACUCAAAAUGUGCAGCACUGACACAUAUUAGAAUGAAAAAAUAAAUUAUUAUUAAAAUAAUUUAAUGUCUUUUUCAGUUUCCCCCACCCUACAGAAAUUUCAUGUCAGUAAAUCUUCACAUCCCAUCUUUAUUACAUCUUUCAAGAGUCUUGGAACUAUGAAGGUAAAUAGAAUAGGUGUAAUUCUUGAAUUUUAUUUCAAUUUUAAGAUACCAUCUCUUCAGUCUCUGAAUAUAAAAAUAGCCCUUGAUCUUAAAAGAAGUUCAAAUUUGAUGUGGUGGUACGCACCUUUAGUCCUAGCACUCAAGAGGCUGAGGUACAAGGACUGCAGUGAGUUUGAGGCCAGCUUGGGUUUACAGACUGAGUUCCAGGUCAACCUGGGAUAGAGUGAGACCCUGUCUCAAAACCACAAAAUAAAUAUAUGCAAAUGCAAUUUUUGCUAGGUGUGCUGAUGCAUGCCUUUAAUUCCAGCACAAGGGAGACAAAGGUAGGAGGAAUGCUGAAAGUAUACAGUGAAAUCCAGGUCAGACUGGGCUACAGCCAGACUCUACGUCCAAAAAAAAAAAGAAUGUGAUCUUUGAGCAAGCCAGUAGAAUUUAGUGUCUUGAGUUUUUCCAAUAGUGACAGUGCA